UAGUUCCCAGACAUUUGUGGUGUUGUCAGGUGUUGUCACAAAUGUCGAUCAAGAAUCAUCUGAGUUAGUGUGUUGAUUUUUACGAUUAUUGCCCUAAAUGGGACUUGAAUUAUCUAAAAGUGCCCCUUCUAGAGUACAGUGAACUAGUUAAACUGCACUGGAUCAGGUUUGUCCAGAACGCCGCCGCAUGGUUUAAAAAGUUAAUUGAUUGAUUCAGGCGCCCUUCAAGAUGUCUGUUAAGCAAUAAUGUCCCUGAAAAGGCGCAGCAACAAUCCCAAGAAAACACCGGAGGUGAAUUCAAAAGAGGCCCUUUCGACUUCGGAGCUGAGGCUCCGCUACAGAGCCUUAAGGCGACAAAGUGCGGGCCUGGACAAGGAAAUCCGGCACCUAACGGCGCAAGGUUCUGAUAGCUUUCAAGGUUUUUUUGGGCUAAACUGGCGGCUUUUUGCAGGCGUUACUAAAGAUCUGCGGCCUGAAAUGCAGGCUUUGCAUGCCUACAACGACGCCAAGGAUGUUACUCAAAUGGUUUUAGGAUACUUAUCCGACGCUGAGUGUUGCACAGUGACUGAGCUGCAUAAGAGAGCAAACAUUCACCCGAAGAUGUCGGACACUUCGGAGGAGCCUUCCGAGAGAACCGACAAGGACGAGAACGCUUGCCGCGACUUUAUUCGCGGCAUUUGCGGCAGGAAAUUCUGCAAGUACAAGCACGACAACGAGAUCCGCCCGUUGAACUUCUGCCACGACUUCCAGAACAAUAUCUGCCCGAGGAUCAACUGCAAAUUUAUCCAUUGCACUCCCGAUGAGGUAGAAGAGUACAAGAGAACAGGGGACAUGUCCAAUCGAAUCCUGGCGGAAGCCACGCGCAAGAACCAGCUGCCAGGCGCGCCCCCGAUCUGCAACCAGUUCAAAAAGGGGCUCUGCCGCCGGUCGCUUUGCAAGUUCCGGCACGUGACGCGCGAGCAGGAGGAGCAGGAGAUUCUGGGGUUGAUCCAGAACAACAUCCAGAGGAAGCAGAGCAAUGUGGCUGCGCCCGAGGUCCACUCCAUUGGGGUCCCGGUGCUGAGGCGCAGCGGCGCCAGCUACGACGAGUACCAGGAUAGCGGCCUGCCAUUGGCCAAGCGCCGCUUUGCGGCCGCCGAGGAAAUGCUCAACAGAGAGCUGCAGCUGGAAGCUGACCGGAACCGUCCGGUUUUUAAGGGGUACUUUGCUGGCAGCCCCCCGCCUGGUGUGCUUGGCCGAGUGGACGCAACAACCCUGAUGCUGGAAGAGGAGAACAAUCUGCUGCACAAGGAAAUCGCCCAGCUGAAAAAGCAGGUGCAGGAUUUAACAGCAACCAACGAAUUCCUGCUGGACCAAAACGCCACUUUAAGAGUGAGCAGCAAGCAGACCACAGUAACAAUGCCGGCGGUCACCUUGACCAGCACCAACACACAGCCGCAGAUGAUCCGCACGGUAACCGCAAGCGUAGCGACAGUUCCGGUCAGUUUGGCCACAGUUACCACCGGAAAUCCGGUAACAGGAAAUCCGGUUUCCAUUGCCGGAUGUCCGACGGUCUGCAGCAUCGCGUCGCCCGCGCAGAUUUUGGCGCCCAGUCAACAGAUUUUGGUUACAACCAAUCCAGCGCAGCAACUGGCGCUUGCCACCUCGACGCAGCACAUGGCCAAUCAGCAGCUGGCGCUAGCCAACGCGUCGCAGCAACUGAACUCGCAGGCGCAACAGCUGGCCAAUCAACAGCUCACUUCGCAGGCCCAGCAACUGGCGCUGGCCAACACCACGCAGCAGUUGACCAGCCAGGCGCAGCAGCUGGCUUUAGCCAACACGACGCAGCAGUUGACCAGCCAGGCGCAGCAGCUGGCGCUUGCCAAUGCGCCGCAGCAGCUCACGUCGCAAGCGCAGCAGCUCGCGCUGGCCAAUACGACGCAGCAACUGACUGUGGCUAAUGUCCCGGCCCAGCAGCUGACUCUGGCCAAUGCAACGCCGCAGCUAUUGGCUGCUUCCACGCAGCAGAUCGAGCUGCAUCGAAACGCGAUUAACACGUCGCAAGCGAUUGCGAUGUCCCAUGCCACGCAGCCAAUGGUCUCGUACCCCAUUAUGACGCAGAGCCUCAACCAUCCAAUGGCUCAUUAGCUGGGCCUUUUUUUCGUGCUGAAUUAGUGCGUUCUUCUGAAUAGUGUGUGGGUGACUCUACGACUAUGAGCGGAAGCUUUAAGUUUAAAAACUUCUUACUGUACAUACGUUUUUGGGCCAUUCAGUAGCUUUUGCCAAGUUAGUUAAAGUAGAUAGUCAAUUAACUGGUAAAUAAUGUAUUUAUUUCUAGAGUGUACAAUAUAUUUAAAUACAGUAUGGGCUUGAAAUUAAAAAAGGGUAAACAGUGGGGUUUCCCGCACUUAA